AUGGUCGGCGUCAUGGACGAGGAGGACAUCAGCUACCUGGACUCGAUCGAGUCCACUCGGCGGCAGGCGGCCUGGAAGCGCGAGGACGAGGAGCGCCGCCAGGUGGAGGCCUUUCGACAGAAGGCCACCGAGGCGGCGGUCAUGUCGGCCCGCGUGAGCGCCGGCCUGGCGGGAGCUGAGGAUCCCUUUGAGGAGCUGCUGCCGGCCGACGCCAGCCAGGUUCUCCAGCCGCUGGGCGGCGAGACGCCCCCGGCGGCGGCGGCGACGGCGACGGCAACGCCAGGCGACAAGCCCACGGUGCGGCGCCCGGCCGCCGGGAAGGCCCGCGCGCUGGCCGGCGUGCGGGUCAAGCGCUCCAACGGACCGGCCGACGUCCUGGAGGACCGGCCGACCGCCGGGUGCAAGCGCCCGCGCUCCGACGACCCGGCGCCGGAGGGGGCCGACCCCGCGCCCAGGCCCGGGGGCCACGAUGUCGCCACAAAGGCGGCGGAUUCGGCCCCGAAGGCGGUCGAGCCUGGGCCGGCUGCCGGCGCCCUGGCCGGGCUCCUGGCCCAAUAUGAGUCGAGUUCCUCGUCGUCGUCGUCGUCGUCGUCGGAGGAGGAGGAUGGGGAUUAG